CGAUUAAAUAAAAGUAAUGUUAUCAUGAAAAUCAAGCACUUUUUAAAAUGGCGGCCCCCGGAGUGGCGGUGAAUGCCGCUGCAAGAGUAUGGAGUCCUUACAAAGAUUUUCAAAAUGUAGUGGAAGCAGCAAUCCACAAGAGGCAGACAGAUGCUAUACAUGACCUGGAGGUCAUGUUGAAAAGACAUAAAAAUGACUUUUUAACUUUGCUGAAAAAUAUUCCUAAGAAUGCCACACAUCGUGAAGCAGUAAAGAAGUCAAACACAGUUGGUUUACCAAUCCAUGGAGAGCAGAGAACACAGACUUUCCCAGACUCCUUUAUUGAAGAGGCUAUUAUUAUCAGUGAUUUGUUUGAUCUGAAUGAGUUUGCUGCACUAGAACUGUUGAUUGCUGGUGAAGACAAUCGGCCAGAUUUUCCGGGUUUGACCCGGGGACUUGUAGCUGUGUUGCUGUAUUAUGAUGGCCGUAGAAGUUUGGUCAAUGCAUUACGGACACUGCUUUUGGCACUGUCAGGAAGGACUUGGACUCUUGGUUUAUCACCAGAUCUCACAUAUCUUACCAAUACUUAUGUACAGAAGUUAGUAGAGGAGAAUCUUACAAACAAAAUUCUUGAUGUGUUGAAAGGUAUGAAUGUGACAGCAGAACUUGAUAAACUACAGAAUAACAGAGCACUAGGACCUCCAAAACAUAAAAAACAGAUACAGGAUAUGUAUGAAGAGAUUCAGGUGACAUGUGCUGAGUGUUUGUUCUGCCUCUCGUGUCAGAAACCCCUCAGUAAGGAAGACACAAUACAGCUUAUCUCCUACCUGAAGAACGAUAACUCCCUGCAGGCCAACGGUUCUGUGUCAUCAGUUACUCUUAGUCUACUAAUGGCUUUACUCUAUUGUUUUGAUGUCUCUGUACUAGAGAGAGAGGAUGCUGAAGAAAUCACAGGUUCUAUGCCUGUAUUCAGUGAUCCUAGCUACAUUAGUGAUGUACACAAGGAGCUGAGAGAUGGUGGGGACUGGAAGAUACCGGGUCUGAAAGCUAUUGUCCAGUUUGCAUGGGGUGUCAUGUUAAGACAAUUAUCUCAAUAUCCACUAGCAGCUGGUGCAGGAGAAUAUUAUGAAGAAGAUGAGAAUUUUAUGGAUCAAGCCAUUGAUGGUCAGGUGUUCAGCUUUCUACAUAAAUCAGUUGUUUCAGUAGAGAAACUUCAUAAAGAGGAGUUCUAUGUAAGGCGACUUCAUGGAUUAUUGACAGACUUCAUUUAUUACAUGCCCUUAAAGGUAAAAGAAAUUCGUAACCGUGGUGACGAGGCAGCAAGAAUUAUAAUGGCACAUCUACAGGAAGGUCAAGACCCCCCUGCCAACUUGAGGAGAGAUUUUGAACAUCUAUUACUAUUGGUAUACAUUAUUAUUAUAAAGUUAUAUGAGAAGGACCCACUUGACCUUGACCUAUCACUGGAUUACUGGUGUCCUGAACCUACAAGUCAACAAGACUCAUUCCAUCAUAGACCUCCACAAAGACAGGUAGCAUUAUACAAGUUUGUACGUAUGGCAGGAGAUUUAUUACCGGCCUCCCUGUAUGUACCGUACAUCAAGAUGUUGACAGGACUAGCAUCCUCUAAACAGAGUGCUCAACAUUGUUACAAUCUACUCAAGAUAAAUGGGAGUACAUCAAGUACAGUGUCAUGGGAUCACAUUUUCACGUCAUUGAAUCAGUACUACAGUAGUUUAAGACGCGAGUCUCCACUCACCUCUGAUCCCUCUAUGUCAUAUAGACUGCACAGUCGUGUCAUCACCCCGCAAGAGCUGGAAGGGUUGAUCAUGGUGUUACAGCUAGUGAGGAGAGUUUGUGAGCAGAGUGAGAAUUGUUGUAUAGCUAUAUAUGAGAAUCAGCAAUGGUCAGUGGUGAUGUUAUUGUUUGGACUGGUCAGUUGUAGUGUUCCUCCACAGAUGAAGUCUGAGUUGUUGAAGGUUCUAGCUUCGCUAGCUAAGAUGCCCGAGUAUGCUGCUACAUUAUGGCAGACACUGGAGGCCUCACAGGUACUGGUGACAGUUCAGCAAGGGAAUGGUAAACAGUCUGGAGGUAUACAGAUAGAAUUAGAUGAGGUAGAGUCUAGGAAUGAAGAAUACCCUAUAACAUGUGCCUUUCUACACUUCCUUACAAUGUUAACAGACACACCUAUCCCUGCAGCACUCGGGGCUGGAUCAAGGGCACCAGGAUUUGAUCCCUACCUACACUAUGUCAGAGAUGAUGUGUUCCUUAAGUUUGGUGCUAGAGCUUACAAAGAUCCAAAAGAAAAGUGGGAGGUAGCAUCACUUUCACUAGGUAUUCUCAGAAAGUUACUUCAUGACUACGAGAUCCAGGGAGAUCAUUUCAUGGAUCAAGUGAUAGAGAUGGGAAGUGGUCAAACUAUAGUUGCCAAUAAACCUGCCGGAUUUACACUGAUGGUCAACAUGUUGAAAGAUAGUAGACUUUAUCAAAUGAUUCUGCGGAUCUUAGAUGAUGCAAUGACACAUUUUGAAAGUUAUACAAACACACCAGGACAGAAGAAUUUAGAGAAAUCUGCCUUAUUGUGUCUACAAAUAAUAGAACUCACCCUAGAGAAAGAGGAACUGUUUAUUGAUAUGGUUCGUGAGACAGGAUCUGCUCUCCUUGUCACACCCGUGGAAAGGCUACUUCUUGGUAUCAACCCUAGGACAAACCAGGCAGAUUAUAUUGUCACUGUAGCAAAGUACAUAAUGUUCAACAGUACAAUGCCUGAACACACUUUGGCAGCUACAAGGAUAUUAUACAUGGUGGGAAAAUCCAGCACCAUACAGUCUGAUCUAGUCACACUCUUUAAUGAGAACAAGGAGACGAGCGAGCAAUUAUU